CCAACUCCAAGUCUCCAACCACAAACAACCUACCUUAGCACGACACACAAUUUAGCAGAAAAUGAGGUUCGGAUCGUUAUUACCAUUACUCCUCCUGGUCUCGGCGCUCAGAGCCGCCGCUCAGCAGUGCGGGAGCCAAGCCGGCGGAGCCAAGUGCGCCGGAGGGCUGUGCUGCAGCAAGUUCGGCUACUGCGGCAGCACUCCUGCCUACUGCGCCGACGGCUGCCAGAGCCAAUGCACCCCUAGCGGCGGUGGAUCGCCGCCUUCCACGCCGACGCCGACUCCCUCCGGGGGCGGUGGGGACAUCGGCGGCUUGAUCAGUCAGGACCUGUUCAACGAGAUGCUGAAGCACCGGAACGACGGGAAUUGCCCCGGCAAAGGGUUCUACACCUACGACGCCUUCAUCACGGCCGCCAAGUCGUUCGGUGGGUUCGGGACGACAGGCGACACAGACACGAGGAAGCGUGAGAUCGCGGCAUUUUUGGCUCAGACAUCGCACGAAACCACAGGUGGAUGGGCAACUGCACCGGACGGUCCAUAUGCAUGGGGAUAUUGCUUCUUGAAAGAGCAAGGCAAUCCUGGAGACUAUUGCGUUGCCAACCAACAAUGGCCUUGUGCUCCUGGCAAGAAAUACUAUGGACGUGGUCCUAUCCAAAUCUCUUACAACUACAACUAUGGCCCGGCGGGAAAAGCCAUCAACUACGACCUCCUGAGCAACCCGGACGCAGUCGCGACCGACCCUGUCAUCUCGUUCAAGACGGCCCUCUGGUUCUGGAUGACGCCGCAGUCGCCGAAGCCCUCAUGCCAUGCCGUCAUCACAGGCCAGUGGCAGCCGUCCGCCGCGGACAAUGCAGCGGGGCGGGUCCCCGGGUACGGGGUCAUCACCAACAUCAUCAACGGCGGGAUCGAGUGCGGGAAGGGAUCGAACCCGCAGGUGGUGGACCGGAUCGGGUUCUACAAGAGGUACUGCGACUUGCUGAAAGUCGGAUAUGGCAACAACCUGGACUGCUACAACCAAAGGCCAUUUGCCUAGCUUUUUUACUAGAUCCAAGUCAUUGCUCACGUGUUGCUGAUCAGUAAUAAGCCGAGAUGUACUUGUCCGGCGCAUUAAGCUGCGACUGCUAAGGUUUUUAUCCACACAAGAAGGUCUAAAUAAAGGAUAUCGACCAUCCUAUUAUCUCAA